AUGCUGCAUGAAUUCAGGCUGGACGUGUUACGCCGAGGCAAAGGCCAUGUCAUUGAGCAUGUUAAUGCACUGCUCUUAGAAAAGAUGAAGCUGUUCUUUCUGUUCUCUACCAUCCUAUUCACUGGGUCAGUUGAUGAAAAGAAUGACUACUGGGCAAAUUGCCGACAGAGCUGCGAGCCGGGCGCCAUCGACCCGAACGAUGCGCCGGAGUAUCAGACUCCUUGGACUUGCAGCGUCAUCGGGGGCUCGACCCCAUCCCCAUCUCCCCAGCCGUCGCCCUCACCUCCCCCGUCUCCCACUCCAAGCCCCGCGCCCAACCCGGUGCCCGGAAUGGCGUUCACGACGGGCACAGCCGGCUCGGGAAAGGCGCGGCUUUUCGAGUUCGUGGAUGCCCUGACUGCUUUGCCUGCAGCUGGAUCCAAGUACAGGGCGGUGCGUUCCUCGGGUGGAGCCGCCGGCGGCGUGGUUAGUGAGAGCCAAGGAUACGGACUUCUAUUGGCGGGUGCCAUCCUAGCAUCCUUGCAGCCGGAGGAUGCAGACUACCAGCGAGUUAUGGACAUCACUCACGAGAUGUUCCUGGGCUGGCGCCGCAUGUGCGAGCUCUCUGCUUCACGUGGCAGCUGCCAAGACGACGAGGGCUUCCAGUGCGGAGGAGGCCAGUACCCGUGCCUGUCGCAUUGGAAGUUCGAUGACGACUUGACCUACGUCAUCGGGUCAGGCUCCGCCCCGGAUGGCGAUGCCGACGCUCUGGCUGGCAUGUUGUUUGCGGUUGGCCAAUGGGCUUACGACACAUGUAAGCAGUUCUACAUGAGCUCCACCGUGGCCUCCAGCUCGGGAAGUCACCGCAUCGUCAAGCUGGGUGCCUGUUGGGGCGGCUGGGACGGAGACGGCCAGAACCCCAGCUACCAUGCUCCCGGCGUCUACAGGCUCUGCCGCAACUACAUGAAGUCUCACGACACCAAGUAUGGCACCUCCGCCGACGAAGGAGAGAAUUGGGAAGCCGACUGGAACAAGGUCAUUGCCACCACCUACAAAGUUUUUGAGGCCACACAAUGUCCUUCCACUGGUCUCGUGCCCAAUUGGGCCAAGGUCUAUGAAGCAGGUCAAAGCCUUCGUGCUGAGACGGGCUUCUCUGGCAGUGGCACGCCGGGUGCCGAGUAUGGUUCUGAAGCGAGCCGCACGGUGUGGCGCGUGGCACUAGACUACCUCCUCUUCCCCAGCGAAGCCGGUGAUGCCGCGGCCUUCCUGGAUCCUCUGGCCACCCACCUGGAAGGCAAGGAGACGAACGGCAACUGGGCUACGGCUUUGGAUGUGGAUGGCAGCUGCUUGGUCGACAGCGUGCACAGCAGCUGGUCCUGGAACAUGUUCAUGGCCGGUCCAACGUUCUCCUGCCUCGUUUGUCCAGCCAACUCUGUCCAGGAGGACCGGCAGCAGGAGCUCAUUGACGCUGCCGGCAACAGGGUGGCAUCCAAG